AUCCAUUGCUGCUUUUUUUGUACUACCAUGUCUACAAGAUUGGCUGCUUCUGUGAGGCGUUCUGCCCUCUCAGCACGUUAUUCGCCGCGUAUAAAAACAUUUAGACCCGCCGUGCAACAUAGAUGGACUUCUUCCGCUUCUUCGGAACCACACCAGCCAGACGCAAAAGACACCGUCAAGGGCGCCCCAGCGCCUGCCAAGACCAUCGAAUUCACCUCCAAAAAGUAUCCUGAGAUCAAGCGAGACUCCAAAUUCGCAAAACUGACUCCAGCGCACGUCCAGUACUUUCAAGAUCUUUUGGGCUCUGAAUCUGCUGUUUUGGAUGGCGUAUCAAAGGAUGCAUCCGAGGACAUUGAGCCGUACAAUAGUGACUGGAUGCGCAAGUUCCGCGGCCAUGCCCAGCUCGUGCUUAGACCUAGCUCCACAGAGGAAGUGAGCAAAAUCUUGAAGUAUUGCAAUGAAAACAUGCUUGCCGUGGUGCCACAAGGCGGUAACACCGGCCUGGUGGGCGGGUCAGUUCCCGUGUUUGAUGAGAUUGUCAUCUCGCUCCAGAAAAUGAGCAAGAUCCGAUCGUUCGAUGAUGUUUCCGGCAUCCUCGUUGCCGAUGCUGGUGUCAUUCUCGAAGUUGCCGACAACUUCCUUGCUGAGAAAAACCACAUCUUCCCUCUAGAUCUCGGAGCCAAAGGUUCGUGCCACGUUGGUGGUAACGUCGCGACCAAUGCCGGAGGUUUGCGACUCUUGCGUUACGGAAGUCUUCACGGCAACGUGCUCGGUAUCGAAGCUGUGUUACCCGACGGACGUAUCAUGAAUGACCUUAUGACGCUCAGGAAGAACAACACCGGCUACGACCUCAAACAACUUUUCAUCGGUGGUGAGGGUACCAUCGGCAUCGUAACGGCCAUCUCCAUUCUCUGCCCACAGCGUUCGCAGGCCGUCAAUGUCGCCUACUUUGGGUUGGAAAGCUACGAGCAGGCACAAAAGGCUUUCCGGGCGGCUAAAAACCAGCUGGGAGAGAUCCUGUCUGCUUUCGAGAUGAUGGACGGGCGCACGCAAACAAUGCUGAAAAAUGUCACCGGUCGCAAGAUGCCUUUGGAGGGAGAGCAUCCGUUCUAUUGCUUGAUCGAGACCAGCGGAUCCAAUACGGACCACGACAGCGAGAAACUUCAAAAUUUCCUGGAACACGUCAUGGAGCAAGAGAUUGUUUCCGAUGGUGUCAUGUCGGAGAACCAGACGCAAUUUGCCGACAUCUGGUCGUGUCGCGAAGGUAUCACUGAAAUCCUUGGUCACUGGGGUGGUGUGUACAAGUACGACCUCUCGCUACCCAUUGCCGAUCUCUACGCCCUGGUCGAUGAGACUCGUGAACGUUUGGCCCAGGCCGGUCUUCUUGGCGAUAGCGAGUCGCACCCUGUCGUAGAUGUCGUUGGGUACGGUCAUAUGGGGGACGCCAAUCUGCAUCUCAACAUCCCCACAAGAGGGUAUAACAAGGAGGUCGAAAAAGCGCUCGAGCCAUGGGUCUAUGAAUGGGUCCAGAAGAAGAAUGGAAGUAUCAGUGCCGAACAUGGUCUCGGUGUGACGAAGAAGCCGUACAUUGGAUACAGCAGGGACGACACUAUGAUUGGCAUGAUGAAACAGAUCAAAAAUCUGUAUGACCCGAAUGGUAUCAUGAAUCCAUACAAGUACAUAUAG